AUGCUUCAUCUGUCUUGGGCACUUCGCCUUCUAGGUGCUGCGUCGAUGGCGAGCAUUGCGCUUGCCCUCCCUUUCCAAGGCUCUUCUCUCAACAAAGCACCUCAGUGGCAGAUCCAACAGCACUGGUGCUCCUUCGAUGUUUAUGGCGCUCGUUUCCACGGCUCGGAUGACCUUGAAACCCUCGAGAAGGCGACGACUCUCGAAUCUCCAAUCGCCAGCAACGCCACCAUCGAUAUCCCCGUCAACGUCUUCAUGCUUGGAUCGCCAUUUUCCCAAAUGAAAUUGAACACGACUUCUCCUGUUGUCAGACUUCAAGACAAUCUCGCUGCAGGCUACUCGAGCCUGGGAUAUUCUUUCGGCCCUUUUAAGACCUAUCACAUUUACGACUACGAUCUUGCAGAGUUCGAAUACGAUGCCCUCGUUACGAAACCGGCCCUCAAUAUGAAAGGCCGCCUCCGUCUUGGUGGCGCAGAGACGCUGAAUAUCUAUCUUGUAGCCAAGAUGUCUCCCGGCCUCUUGGGAUUCGCAUUCUUUCCCCAAAUCUUGGCGAGAAACACCUCCAAUGCCUUGGUUCUAGAUGGUGUCGUCCUCAGUCACCUCGCCAUGACCCAUUACCUGUCGGAGAAGGCGAUAAUUCACGAGGUGGGCCACUGGCUCGGACUCCAGCACCCGUUCCAAGGAGGUUGUCAUGUGUCGGACGGAGAUCAGGUCCCAGAUACACCGCAGACCAACAAUAGAAGUGAUCAGCUGUGUACACCAGGGAAGGACUCGUGUCCUGGACUUCCGGGUAUUGAUCUAAUCCGUAAUUACAUGAUGUACUCCGCUUGGUAUGGGGCUCCCAAAACAAGACAAGCGGCAGCAGUGAAGCUAAUAAGACCGCAGCACCAAGAAUCUGACCUUCACAGCUGGUCAAAUCUUGAAGAUGCGCCAGGCUUGGUAUCAGUUUCGAAACCCUAA